AUCUCGAUCUCACCAAAGGGAAUAUUAUUUCAUUUCCAGAGCCACCAACAGCAACAAGAAGAAGAUCAAUAUCAUACCAUGGCUCACAUCGCGGUGGAGAGAAACCGGAGAAGGCAGAUGAACGAGCAUCUCAAGCUCCUCCGCUCCCUAACCCCUCGCUUCUACAUCAAAAGGGGGGACCAAGCAUCGAUCAUAGGCGGAGUGAUAGAGUUCAUCAAGGAGCUACACCACCUGCUCCAAGCCUUGGAAUCCAAGAAACAACGGCGGCUGAGUUUGAGCCCCGGUAGUCAUGCUACUGCAAGUAGCCCUAGCCCUAGCCCUCGCCCAAUGUUGCAGCUAAUGCCUUCUGCUACUGCGGCUGCCGCCGAUCAAUGUUAUAGUAACCAUCGCAACCAAUUUCCAUCGUCGUCGGGGUUUGGAGAUGUAAAAGAUGAUCAGAUGACGCUGCUGGGUUCGUGUUGCAACUCCGCGGUUGCUGACGUGGAGGCCAAGCUGUCCGGAUCCAAUGUGGAGCUGAAGGUGAUCUCGAGGCGGGUUCCGGGGCAGGUUGUGAGGAUGGUAAGUGUGCUGGAGAUGCUGUCGUUCGAGGUGCUUCACUUGAACAUCAGUAGCAUGGACGACACCGUCCUCUACUCCUUCCUCCUCAAGAUAGGGCUGGAGUGUGAAGUAAGCAUGGAGGAACUUGCAGUUGAAGUCCAGCGUACUUUCUUCUCUCCGCCUUCUCCUUCCACCGUUACUGCUGCUUCUGCCGCUGGUGGUCGUGCUCAUCAUCACCGUCACAUUUACCCCAACCAGCUGCUUUGUUUGUAGAAUGUAGCACUAGUACUGCAACUCGAUCAGCCUAAGAAGUACUAUAUAUAUAUAUAUAUAUAUACAUUGUUGUUGACCUAGCUAGAUGGCUAGGUCAUAUACUACUCAACCAAUGAGAGGGAACAUUAAUUGUUGUUGACCUAGAUGGCUAGGUUCGUACAUCUAACUUGCCUACUAGCUAGAAUGGAGGAAGAGUUCUCAUGGAAGUCACCUCCUUUCGAAUGGAUGAUUUUCAAUUCUGAUGACUGAUCUGUUCACACUGCUACCUGCAGUAUUGCUGCAAGCCUGCAACAUGUGGUUUGAUUCGAAAUCAUAGAGGAUGUUAUUUAAUUUGAGAGUGUUUGAGUUGGAUUCAGAUGUGCAGUCCAACCACUACAACAAAACUGUUAUUUAGCGACGGUCAUACGGACUUUUAGCGACGGUCAAAACCGUCGCUAAAAUAUUUAAUGACGGACACCAAACCGUCGCUGACCCAGCAGUCCUUAAAAUUUUUAGUGACGGUUUUGGUCGACCGUCACGUUAGCCGUCGGGAAAAUGUAGCGACGGCACUGACCGACGCAAUCUUCCAAACGACUGUCGUUAAAUAAAUUUCAUAAUAAAAA